AGGCUAAGGAUGGUCCAGAUCAGCAAUCAGCGGUGGGGGGAGGUCCCGGGCCUCGGCAGUGUGGACAUGUGGGUCCUCCAGUCCCCCGGGCUGCGAGUGGAGGUCCUGACCCUUGGCGCCAUCAUCAGGUCUUUGAGCUGCAGGGGGAAGCAUGGGCAGAUGGAGGAUGUGGUCCUGGGCUACGACAACCUGGAAGGCUACGUGUCAGAUAAACGCUAUCUGGGCGCCGUGGUGGGUCGGGUGGCAAACAGGAUCGCCAAAGGACGCUUUGUGGUGGAAGGAAAGGAGUACCAGCUGGAUACCAACAACGGACCAAACGCUCUGCAUGGAGGUCUGCGGGGCUUCAGUCAGGGGGAAACUCUAACUGCUGAUUACCGCGCCCGGUCCACCAGAACCACCCCCAUCAAUCUCACCAACCACUCCUACUUCAACUUAGCUGGGCAGGUAAGAGCUCAUUACCUCACAUGAUAAAGAUCACCUGGU